AUGCCGCCACCACCAUACUAUGAGGAUCCAUAUUACGAUCGCACUUAUUAUAACAAUCGUCGUCCAGGUUUUGAAAUUGAUAUUUUUCCCGGAUGGGUUGAUGCAAUAUUUACGACACCACCUCCACCACCGCCGCCUCGCACCGAAAUCGUAGUUGUGACACAAGGAAACCCUGCCGGUCCACCUGUAGGCUAUCCACAACCAUCUGUUACUUAUGUGCCACAGCAAGGACAAUAUUACAACAAUAAUAAUUACAACAGUGGUAAUUAUAAUAAUGGCGCUGGUGGUUAUGGCUAUCCCAGACACUUCAAUAAUCCACCCCCCAAUAAUGGUUGGUAA